CGCGGCUGCGGGGCUCGGUCGGGCUCGUUCGUUCGCUCGCUCGCUCGCUCGGCGCGCCUCUGCUGGCCUCUGCCGGGGUCUGCUGCGUGCGCUGCAGCCGGGACUGGGAGCCGGCGCUGGAGCCGGCGCUGGAGCGGGGCCGGGCCGGGGCCGGGCCCGAGCCCGAGCCGGUGCAUGCCGCGUCCCUGCGUCUCCUGCCUGGCCGCCCGUCCGGCGGGCUCCGGCGGCCGCAUCAAGUUGGGGAGCAGGGGCCCGGUGCUGAGCAUCUGUGAGCCUCUGGGGGUCUACCUCCCACCCCAAAGACUCCUACCAUGUUUAACUUGAUGAAGAAAGACAAGGACAAAGAUGGGAGUCGGAAGGAGAAGAAGGAAAAGAAGGAGAAGAAGGAGCGGAUGUCUGCGGCAGAGCUGCGCAGCCUGGAGGAGAUGAGCCUGAGACGCGGCUUCUUCAACUUGCACCGGUCCUCCAAGAGGGAGUCGAAGAUGAGGCUGGAGAUCUCCAACCCCAUCCCGAUCAAGGUGGCCAGCGGCUCGGACCUGCACCUCACCGACAUCGACUCCGACAGCAACCGGGGCAGCGUGAUCCUGGACUCGGGCCACCUCAGCACGGCCAGCUCCAGCGAUGACCUCAAAGGAGAGGAGAGCGGCCGGCCCUCGGUGUUGCAGAGGGCCGCCAAGUUCGGCUCCUUGGCCAAGCAGAACUCGCAGAUGAUCGUCAAGCGCUUUUCCUUCUCUCAGAGGAGCCGGGAUGGCAGCGCCUCGGAGACCUCCACCCCCUCGGAACACUCAGCCGCGCCCUCGCCUCAAGUGGAGGUUCGGACCCUCGAAGGCCAGCUGGCACGUCAGGCCGGCCCUGGCGCCUCAUGGCCCGGCGCCAGGACCCGGGGCCCCGAGUUGGUGAACAAACGGUUUGCUGCUGACCUGCGGCUGCCCGCUGUAGCGCCCCCGCUCCCUCCCCCUCCUCGGGAACUGGAGCUUCAGAGGAGGCCCACCGGGGACUUUGGCUUCUCCCUUCGGCGAACGACCAUGCUGGAUCGGGCGCCCGAGGGUCAGGCCUACCGCCGGGUAGUGCACUUUGCCGAGCCUGGGGCGGGCACCAAGGACCUGGCCCUGGGGCUGGUGCCAGGCGACCGUCUGGUGGAGAUCAACGGGCAGAACGUGGAGAACAAGUCUCGGGAUGAGAUCGUGGAGAUGAUCCGGCAGUCCGGGGACCAUGUCCGGCUCAAGGUGCAGCCCAUUCCGGAGCUGAGCGAGUUGAGCCGCAGCUGGCUGAGGGGCAGCCCCGGGCAGCAGAGGGAGCCCACCGACCUGGACACUGAGGCUGUCUCUACCGCCCAGAACCAGGUAGGGUGCCCCUGCCCUCAGGAACCCUCUGCUUCCACUGACCGACCGAUGCCCCUGGUCUGCGCCUGGGCUGGUGUCUGUGCUCGGGCCUCAUGCUGGAGUGCCAAGACGGAAGAGCAGAUUGCCGCCGAGGAAGCCUGGCACGAGACGGAGAAGGUUUGGCUGGUCCAUCAAGAUGGCUUCUCUCUCGCCAGCCAACUGAAGUCAGAAGAGUUAAGUCUACCUGAGGGGAAAGUCCGAGUGAAACUGGAUCAUGAUGGGACCAUACUGGAUGUGGAUGAGGAUGACGUGGAGAAGGCCAACGCCCCAUCCUGUGAACGACUGGAAGACCUGGCCUCCUUGGUGUACCUCAAUGAGUCGAGUGUCUUGCACACCCUCCGACAGCGCUAUGGUGCCAGCCUGCUGCACACGUAUGCUGGGCCCAGCUUGCUCAUCCUUAGCCCCCGAGGGGCCCCUGCUAUGUACUCCGAGAAGGUGAUGCACAUGUUCAAGGGGUGCCGGCGGGAGGAGAUGGCACCCCACAUCUACACAGUGGCACAGACUGCAUACCGCACCAUGCUGAUGAACCGCCAGGACCAGUCCAUCGUCUUAUUGGGCAGCAGCGGCAGUGGCAAGACCACUAGCUGCCAGCACUUGGUGCAGUACCUGGCCACCAUCGCGGGCACCAGCGGGAACAAGGUGUUCUCUGUGGAGAAGUGGCAAGCUCUGUAUACUGUCCUGGAGGCCUUUGGGAGCAGCCCCACCAUCAUGAACGGCAGUGCUACCCGCUUCUCUCAGAUCCUCUCGCUGGACUUUGACCAAGCUGGCCAGGUGGCCUCGGCCUCUGUUCAGACUAUGCUGCUUGAGAAGCUUCGAGUUGCUCGGCGCCCAUCCAAUGAAGCCACGUUCAAUGUCUUCUACUACUUAUUGGCCUGUGGAGAUAGCACCCUUAGGACAGAGCUACACUUCAAUCACCUGGCGGAGAACAAUGUGUUUGGGAUCAUCCCCUUGUCCAAGCCCGAGGAGAAGCAGAAGGCAGCCCAGCAGUUCAGUAAGCUCCAGGCUGCCAUGAAGGUUCUGGGCAUCUCCCCCGAUGAGCAGAAGGCCUGCUGGUUCAUCCUGGCCGCCAUCUACCACCUGGGGGCUGCAGGUGCCACCAAAGCGCCCCUUGAGGAACAGUCUGAAGCUGCUGAAGCUGGGCGCAAACAGUUUGCCCGCCACGAGUGGGCACAGAAAGCGGCGUAUCUGCUGGGCUGCAGCCUGGAGGAGCUCUCAUCCGCCAUCUUCAAGCACCAGUUCAAAGGCUCCCUGCAGCGCUCCACCUCCUUCCGCCAGGGCCCUGAGGAGAACAGCUCAGGAGAUGCUACAGGCUCCAAGCUGAGCGCCCUCGAGUGUGUGGAAGGCAUGGCUUCAGGCCUCUAUUCUGAGCUCUUCACUCUCCUUGUCUCCUUGGUGAAUCGGGCCCUCAAGUCCAGCCAGAAUUCCCUUUGCUCCAUGAUGAUCGUGGACACUCCUGGCUUCCAAAAUCCAGACCUGGGCGGCUCGACUCGAGGGGCCUCCUUUGAAGAACUGUGUCACAAUUAUACUCAGGACCGGCUCCAGGCUCUCUUCCACGAAAGAACCUUUGUGCAGGAGCUGGAGAGAUACAAGGAGGAGAACGUCGAGUUGGCAUUCGAUGACAUGGAGCCUGGUGGGGUGGACUCUGUAGCUGUCGUGGACCAAGCAUCUCACCAAGCCUUGGUGCGGUCACUGGCCCGGCCGGAUGAGGCUCGGGGCCUUCUGUGGCUGUUGGAGGAGGAGGCAGUGGUGCCAGGUGGCAACGAUGAGGCCCUGCUGGAGCGGCUUUUCUCUUACUAUGGCCCCCAGGAUGGCGACAAGAAAGGACAGAGCCCCCUCCUGCGAAGCAGUAAACCUCGCCACUUCCUCCUGGGCCAUAGCCACAGCACCAACUGGGUGGAGUACAACGUGGAAGGGUGGCGGAACUAUGCCAAGCAGAACCCAGCCAUGCAGAAUGCCCCGCGGCUCCUACAGGACUCUCAGAAGAAGAUCAUCAGCAACCUGUUUGCGGGCCGGGCCGGCAGCGCUAUGGUGCUUUCAGGCUCCAUCGCGGGGCUGGAAGGGGGCUCGCAGCUGGCGCUUCGCAGGGCCACCAGCAUGCGAAAGACGUUCACCACCGGCGUGGCCGCUGUCAAGAAGAAGUCCCUCUGUAUCCAGAUCAAGCUCCAGGUGGAUGCCCUCAUUGACACUAUCAGGAAAUCCAAAUUGCACUUCAUUCACUGCUUCCUGCCUGUGGCGGAGGGCUGGGGAGGUGAGCCCCGCUCGGCCUCUUCCCGCCGGGUAAGCAGCAGCAGUGAGCUGGACCUGCCUCCCGGAGAGCCCUGCGAGGCUGGCCUCCUGCCGCUGGACAUACCCCUGCUCCGGGCCCAGAUUCGUGGCUCUCGUCUUCUGGAUGCCCUCCGCAUGUACCGCCAAGGUUAUCCUGACCAUAUGGUGUUCUCAGAGUUCCGGCGACGUUUUGAUGUCUUGGCACCCCACCUCACCAAGAAGCAUGGGCGCAACUACAUCAUUGUGGAUGAGAAAAGGGCAGUGGAGGAGCUCUUAGAGUCCUUGGACCUGGAGAAAAGCAGCUGCUACAUGGGCCUGAGUCGGGUAUUUUUCCGGGCAGGCACCUUGGCCCGAUUAGAGGAACAGAGAGAUGAGCAGACCAGCAAGAACUUGACUCUCUUCCAGGCAGCCUGCCGGGGUUACUUGGCCCGUCAGCACUUCCAGAAGAGAAAGAUCCAAGACCUGGCCAUUCGUUGUGUCCAGAAGAACAUUAAAAAGAACCAAGGGGUAAAGGACUGGCCGUGGUGGAGGCUUUUUACAGCCGUGCGGCCUCUCGUGGAGGUGCAACUGUCGGAGGAACAGAUCCGCGGCAAGGACGAGGAAAUUCAGCAGCUCCGGAGCAAGCUCGAGAAGGUGGAAAAGGAACGCAACGAGCUUCGGCUCAAUAGCGACCGCCUGGAGACUCGGAUCUCAGAGCUGACAUCCGAGUUGGCGGAUGAGCGGAAUACUGGAGAGUCGGCUUCCCAGCUCCUGGAUGCCGAGGCGGCCGAGCGGCUCCGGGCCGAGAAGGAGAUGAAGGAGCUGCAGACCCAGUAUGAUGCGCUGAAGAAGCAGACGGAGGCCAUGGAGAUCGAGGUGAUGGAAGCUAGGCUUAUCCGAGCUACUGAACUCAAUGGGGAGAUAGAUGAUGAUGACUCGGGUGGGGAGUGGCGCCUCAAGUACGAGCGGGCGGUUCGAGAGGUCGACUUCACCAAGAAGCGGCUGCAGCAGGAGUUUGAGGACAAGUUGGAAGUGGAACAGCAGAGUAAGAGGCAGCUGGAGAGGAAGCUGGUAGACCUGCAGGCUGAUAGCGAUGAGAGCCAGCGGACACACCAGCAGCUCAAGAAGAAGUGUCAGCGGCUAACGGCGGAGCUGCAGGACAUCCGACUUCACCUGGAGGGCCAGCAGGUCCGCAACCAUGAGCUGGAGAAGAAGCAGAGGAGGUUUGACAGCGAGCUUUCUCAGGCCCACGAGGAGGCCCAGCGGGAGAAGCUACAGCGGGAGAAACUACACCGGGAGAAAGACGCCCUCCUGGCAGAAGUUUUUAGUUUGAAACAGCAGAUGGAGGAAAAAGACAUGGACAUCGCUGGCUUCACCCAGAAGGUGGUCUCCCUGGAGGCGGAGCUCCAGGACAUCUCUUCCCAGGAAUCCAAAGAUGAAGCCUCUCUGGCCAAGAUCAAGAAGCAGCUCCGAGAUCUGGAAGCUAAGACCAAAGAUCAGGAAGAGGAGCUGGAUGAGCAAGCAGGAACCAUCCAGAUGCUGGAGCAGGCCAAGCUUCGACUUGAGAUGGAGAUGGAGCGGACAAGACAGACCCACUCAAAGGAGAUCGAAGGCCGAGAUGAGGAAGUCGAGGAAGUCCGCCAGUCAUGCCAGAAGAAGUUGAAGCAGAUGGAAGCACAGUUGGAGGAGGAGUAUGAGGACAAGCAGAAGGUUCUGCGGGAGAAGAGGGAGCUGGAGGGCAAGCUCACUGCCCUGAGUGACCAGGUGAGUCAGCGGGACCUGGAGUCCGAGAAGCGCCUGCGGAAGGACCUGAAACGCACCAAGGCCCUACUGGCGGACGCCCAGAUCAUGCUGGACCACCUGAAGAACAACGCACCCAGCAAGAGGGAAAUCGCCCAGCUCAAGAAUCAGCUGGAAGAGUCAGAAUUCACCUGUGCGGCGGCUGUGAAAGCAAGGAAGGCGAUGGAGGUGGAGAUUGAAGACCUUCACCUCCAGAUCGAUGACAUCUCCAAAGCCAAGACUGGGCUAGAGGAGCAGGUGAGCCGCCUUCAACGGGAGAAGAACGAGGUCCAGAGCCGCCUGGAGGAGGACCAGGAGGACAUGAAUGAGCUCAUGAAGAAGCACAAGGCUGCUGUGGCCCAGGCUUCCCGGGACCUGGCCCAAAUGAACGACCUCCAAAUUCAGCUGGAAGAGGCCAACAAGGAGAAGCAGGAGCUUCAGGAGAAGAUGCAAGCUCUCCAGAGCCAAGUGGAGUUUCUGGAGCAGUCCAUGGUGGACAAGUCGCUGGUGAGCCGGCAGGAAGCCAAGAUCCGGGAGCUGGAGACUCGUCUGGAGUUUGAGAAGACUCAAGUGAAGCGCUUGGAGAACCUAUCCAGCCGGCUGAAGGAAAACAUGGAAAAGCUGACGGAGGAGCGGGAUCAGCGCAGCGCCGCGGAGAACAGAGAGAAAGAGCAGAACAAGCGGCUCCAGAGACAGCUCCGAGACACCAAGGAGGAGAUGGGAGAGCUGGCCAAGAAGGAGGCCGAGGCCAGCCGCAAGAAGCAUGAGCUGGAGAUGGACCUGGAGAGUCUGGAAGCUGCCAACCAGAGCCUGCAGGCGGACCUGAAGCUUGCCUUCAAGCGCAUCGGGGAUCUGCAGGCCGCCAUCGAAGAUGAAAUGGAGAGUGACGAUAACGAGGACCUCAUUAACAGUUUGCAGGACAUGGUGACAAAGUAUCAGAAAAGAAAGAAUAAGCUUGAGGGCGACUCAGACAUGGACUCUGAGCUGGAAGAUCGGGUCGAUGGUGUCAAGUCUUGGUUGUCGAAAAACAAGGGGCCUUCCAAGGCUGCUUCGGAUGACGGAAGUCUCAAGAGCUCCAGCUCUCUCUCUGCCUCCCGGCUCUCCCUUAGACUGUCUCUCAACACGGUGCCCAAGGAGGGCAAGGGCGUGGAGGAGAGGCCGGCCUCUGCCCUGAGCUCCCUGAGCUACCGGAAGCGGCUCACCCUCAAGGACUCCAUCGGAGGCACCGGGGAUGAGGAGUCCCUCUUCACCACCCUGAGUGAGAGGGCGGCCUCCCCCGAGCGGCCACCCCGCAGGGCCCGCCGAGGCCCAGGCGGUGGGGAGGCCAGCCCUUGUAAGAAGGUUGAAGAUGGAGACGAGGGCAGCUCUAUUCUCUCCGAGGUCAGGGGCCGGGUGAGCCGGGGGCUGGAGAAAAGGUGGGGUUCCGACUUUGAUCGGGCCUCUACCGUCUCGGCCCCGGUCAGCCGGGCUUCCUCGGCCACUCGGCACAGCGCCCGGGACGAUGAGGCCCGCUCGUCGUUCAGCUUCUCGCUGUCGGGGUCUCCCAGCUCCCGCCGAAGCACCUCCAGGCUGGAGGGCCUGCCCGGUCCCCUCCGCCCAUGCCUGAGCCGGGCCUCUGGCCUGGGGCGAGAGAGCCCCGAUUCCCGCCUGUCCCUGGGCCGCAGCUUGCUGGAUGACUGGGAGGAGGACGGAGCCAGCCUGGCGCUGAGCGAUCUGCACUCUCAGUACAGCCACCCCUCGCUGGCCCGCAGCCUCUCGGUGCCGCCGCGGCCCCGCACCGCCGCCUCCGACGAGCCUGCGGGCUCCGGCAUCCGCCCCGUCAGCCACCACUCCUACUUGGACCCGGACCUGGAGGCCGCCAUCCACGAGGUCUUGAGCUACAAGCCCGCAGAGUUCAAGCGGAGCAGCCUGCAGCCCGACUCGGACGAGGAGGACCGCCAGAGCGCCCGGAGCGCCCGGAGCGCCCAGGUCGGGGUCAGCGGCGGGGAGCGGGCCGCCCCCGCCACCAUCCGCCGCUCGGUCUCGGCCGCCGACGUGUCGAGGUCCCGGAGCAGGCACAAGAGCCGAGGCAAGAGAAAGAGCAGCAGUAGCAGCAGCAGCAGCAGCAGCUCAGGGUCCGAGCAUUCCUCCGAACGCAAACGCCGGGGAAAGGCUCGCUCCCGGAAGAGCAAGAAGAAAUCCAAGAAGAGGAAGAAGAAGAAGGAGACCGAGUCCGAGUCCUCCGAGUCGUCCUCUUCCUCCAGCGGCUCCACCGUCUCGUGCCGCAGCGGCUCCAGCGUCAAGAAGGGCCCGGAAGGGACGGGCCCGGCCUCGGAGGGCGAGGGCAGAGGGCCGGCCAGCGGACUGUCCCGCAAGGAGGAGAAGAAACGGAAGAAGGAGGUGGACAGCUUGAUGAUGCGCUACCUGUACCGGCCCGAGAGCGACUAAUGCACCCCUCCAGCUACCAGAAGUCCCUUGCCCUUGACCGCUCAGAUGACGAGCAUGAGCCCCUGGACCACACCGCCCGACCCCGAUCCUCUCACAGCUACCUGAGCGACAGUGACACAGAAGCCAAGCUAGGGGACUCC